CCUUGGUUGACCGUUGAUCAUUCGGACCCUCAUCAUUCUAUACUACUUUCUCAUACUUCUACUACUUCCACUACUACUACUUCAUUACUCCGUAUAGUCUCAUGGAGUAUAGCACCCCGUCCUAAGGCUAAGCUUGGUCAACCCCCAUUCUCACCCGAGCAUCAGUUCUCGUAUCCUCGGGAGUUUCUUCUCCUCGUCCUCUUCUUUGCCUCUCUCAGCCUCUCCAGCUCAUCCCAUCCCCAUUCCAGAACUUUUGUCAUCCGCGACUCGACCACUGCCUCCCUCAUUUUCUUCCUUUCUUUUCCCUUCCUCCUUCAUCCUUUUCCGCUGCCCAAUUCAUCCACGCUCCCAUCCGGAUUGUAUAUUUUCGUUCCCUUUUCAAUUUCCCCCCCCCCCCUCAACCCGAUUUUUGCAAGUGGCCAGACGCCUUUCGGUGAUAGUUAGCUGGUCCUUCCGAUCGUUCCAUCCUUCUAUCGAUUACCUCCCCCUCCACAGAGAUCCACCCCGACCAUUUGAUAAGAUUCCCCCCGGCGACUUUCUCUCUCUCUUAUUACCCAUACCUCAUUCACGAGUCUGCUUCUAUCCACUCUCUACGCUACUGAUACCAUAGGGUGCAUCCUCGGCCGAGGUGAGCAUUCCUCCUCAUUUACUGGUACCCCCCAUUUCAUCAUCAUGGCUCUACAUCCGGUCGACGACGACGAACAACUGUUCACUCGGGCCAUGACCUCCUACCGCGAAGCAUUUUUGGUUCGACAUGCCCACCUCCCGGAAUCCCAACGCCAUCAACUUUGGACACGGCAGCUCAGCCAGUUCAUCCCGGCCAUCGACAAUGAGCCCACCCCGGCGCCAGUAUUAAGUUCGGGGAAACGAACUCGACAGGAUGCGACGCCACGGACCCUCCCUGCAGCCGAAGCUGCUUCCGCCUCGUCUGGUUUUGGUUCUGGUUCUGGUUCCGGUUCUGGUCCACCGCAAGCGAAACGGCGAGCCACCACCCCGGAUCUCCCCGUGGCCGCCGACCUACGACGCACCUCCUCCCACACUUCCUCGGUAGAGACGUUCCGGAAAGGCGCGUCGCUAUCCGGGCAAGGAUCCUACCGAUAUGGCCCCGUGAAGGCCCCCGUGGGAGGCAGGGAUGCGAUGGCUUUGGGAAUGGUUCGUUCCCAAAGUCAGCAAAUCCCCGUCUCUCACCGGCAUCCGCCAGCCGGAAUGGCCAUGGGGAAACGACAAUCCUUCGGCCCGACCCGGACCCAACAACAACAGCGACCCUCUCUGGAUCACGUCAAUGAGAUGGUCAACGAAUACUCACCGUCCGAGUUUACGAAACGCUUGGAUGACCCCGGUAGCAAUGUCCACCAGGUCCCUUUCUAUGGCUCUGGCUCUGGCUCUGGCUCUGGCGCUGCAACCGUCCUACCGACCGCCAACACCACCUCGGCGUUGACUCUUGGGCUGGCAAAUCUUGGAUCGAACGGACUGGCCUCUCUUCCGAGCUCGCACUCUGGACAGCCAUCUCCCAUGGCCGAUGCCUCGCCAGCUGGUGCAGUGGAGAUGACUCGCAGCGGAACUACCGACACCAUCAUCGGUGGAUUCGACAACUUUGGCUUCGAUCAAGCUGCAGCUCAUCUGGAUCUGGAACCGGCGUACCCUAUCCCCCCGGAGUGGGUGCCCACAUCCACCUCUGGCCUUCCCUAUCAAGACUCCUUUCCUUCCUCCCUCUAUCCUGACCUAGAUCCCGGUGCAUCGUUCCCUUUUUCCUAUCCCUCCUCAUUCUCCACCUCUGCACCUCCAGCAACGCCGUUCCGGCCGCAGCAAGUGCCAGCCACUAUGUAUCCCACGCCGACCACCACCCUCUCCCCGCCAGAGGCAGUCGAUAUGAAGCCAUCGAUUUCGGAUGGAAGUAAUUCUUCCGCAACGGCAGCUUCCUCUCGUGCUGCUCGCCGUACACAAGAGCAAAUUGCCCACGGUGCACGACCUAUCGCACCCAAGCGUGAAUCCCAAGGCGAUACCCACCUCCAACCCGAUCCCAACGAUCCCAAUCGCAUGAUUCGCAUCUCCUCCGCUGACGGCACCACCAAGGAAGUCGCCGCAAUCCCCAAGGCCUCCAUACAUCGCCCUCCACGGCCCAAGACGUACUGUCACUUGUGCAACGACCAGCCAGAGGGCUUCCAUGGGGAGCACGAGCUGCGUCGACACAUUGACCGAGUGCACGCGCGGGUGCGCAAAGUCUGGGUCUGCGUGGAUAUCUCCUCGGACAAGAAGUUCCUCGCCAACUGCAAAGCCUGCCGAAACGGCAAGCGAUAUGGCGCAAACUAUAACGCAGCCGCGCACCUGCGGCGCACGCAUUUCAACCCGUGUCAGCGUGGCCGCGGGGGGCGUGGCAAGGACAGUGAGAAACGCGGCGGCAAGGGCGGCGGCAACCAGCCGCCCAUGGAGGUGCUAAAGCUCUGGAUGCGGGAGACGAUCGAGAGGGCAGAUGAACACUCGGCCGACACCUUUGAAGCCGAGGGUCAGGAGGAGUAUGCGGGGAGUCUGCCGUCAGACUACAAGGGUAGUCCGCUUAUGCGCGGGCUCGGAGACGGAAGUGGUCCCAUGAGUAUGGGCAUGAGCAUGAGCAGCUCCUAUGGGAUGGAUGGGAUGGACCCGACGCCCAUGCAUGGCCAUCAUCUCGGCAGUGGCCCAAGUUAUGAGGGUUUUCCGGGCAUGUCGGCUAGUUACGACUUUGAUGCCACGCUGGAGGACCCCUUCUAUCGGGACAUCCAGUAGAUCUUGGCGGAGGUGGAGACGUAUCUCAUGUGAGCGAUCGUAGUCUCCCCCCGUUUCUUAUCGACAGUGUUUUUUUUGAUCUUUCGUGGAUUUGACGUUGGGUCUCAGAUUUGACCUUCUGUUUUGCGUUGCUUUGUUUCGGUUUGUGUAUUUAUGCAUCCAGUCCCGCGUUGCUCUGUAUAUGGACCGGGAUGGAAGCAAAUUGGAUAUAUGGGAUUUGGGGGUCCUGGAUUGGGGGAGUUUCGUUUUUGGUCUAUUCUUCUUCUUUGGUUUGGUUCUCAGGGCCCCGUUUCAGCUUUGCCGCUGGGCAGUUUGAGUUGGCGCCUGAAAUCUUUGUCGGUUUUUGACUUUGGCAUUGCCCCAAGUUUAUUUUUUGUUUCUGACUUCUGACUUGACGUUCGGAAGCUUGUUUUGUUUUAGGCUGAUUUUUUGGGGGCCGGGUCUGUUUCUGUGGUUGGAGUGAGAUGUCUCAGGGCGGCCUGAGUAUUGUACUGAACACUCCAGCGACCUACGCAGCAACCUGGCCUCCUUGUACUGACACGAUUGAUGACAAAGGACGAGCCUUUUCGAGGCUUGUAUCCGUAGCCUAAUGACCCCUGCCAUCAUUAAUGACAUAACAUGACCAUUCCUCACACAUGAGACAAGGGGCACUAGAAC